GUGAAGUGGAGAGUAGCGAGUGGUGGUGGUUGAGAAGAAUCAAAGUGGAGUUUUGGCGGGAAAAAAUGGAUUUCGGUUGCUCCGACGCAAGCAUAUGGAAGGAAGCGCUUUCUGCAUAUCCAUCUCGAAUCUCUCUCGAUCAAUUCUACACCAAACACCUCCCUUCUCUUCUUCAACAACGCAACCCUAACCCUUUCGUCACAACCACCGAGCUCUCCGAUCUCAUGCGCUGGAAGCUCACGCGCGGUAAAUGGAGGCCGCGGUUGCUGGAGUUUGUUGAGGCACUUGACGACGUCGUUGUCAGGAACGUUUCUGAGAAGGCGUUUCGGAGUCUUCCUGAUUUGAAGAAAGCCGUUUCUGAGAUCUGCGUUUUGAAAGGAGUUGGUCCUGCUACUGCUUCUGCGGUUUUGGCUGCUUAUGCUCCUCAGGUAGCACCAUUCAUGUCUGAUGAGGCUAUGGAGGCAGCUCUUGGAAACUCAAAGGAUUAUACACUGAAGCAGUAUCUAAUAUUUGCAGAUAAAUUGCAGAACAAAGCAAAGGAACUAAGUUCAGAAGGGGAUACCUUCACCCCAUCAGAUGUAGAAAGGGCUUUGUGGAGUUACACUAUAGGGAAGUCAGCAUCACCCCAAUUGAUUGAGGAUCAAAAGACCAAUCCAAAAAGGAACUCUAAAAGAAAGAGGAAAAAUUGACAUUGCAGCCUAUCAACAAAUGAGAUUGAAACAAGUAAUUAUCUGUUCUUUCUAGGAUCUGCUAGCUUUACUCCCUUCUUUUCGAGGUUCUGUGCGUUGAUGUUUAAACUGUUAUCAAAUAUCUUAAUAUAUAAGUUGUGGCUAAGUUAAUCA